AUGCAACAACAGAUGCAGCAGAUGCAACAGACAAUCAACACACAAGAGGCUGCUCGCCAAGCAGCCGCCGACCUAGCUGCUCAGCAAGUCGAGCAACAAGGCGCUCCCAUCGGAGAGCGGAACCUUCCGCGUAAGUUCCCCACCACUCGCUCCGCAAUCAAUCCGCCUCCCUGCACUAGACAGGACUAUGAAAUCAAACUCGCUUUGAUCAGCUUGGUGCAGAAGAAAACGUUCAACGGUCUCGCAGCUGAAAUCCCUUUGGACCACACUGAGAAUUUUGAGAGAGUCUGCAACUUCUCUCGUGCGAAUGGAGUGCCACCAGAUUACAUCAAGUGCACGUUGUUCCCAUUCUCCUUGGAAGGGAAAGCAGCUCGUUGGCUCGACUCGCUCCCAACCGGUACGCUCACUACAUGGGAACAAGUCAGAGUGGCGUUCUUGAGCCACUUCUAUACGAAGUCCAAAACCGCAGCUCUAAGGCAUAAGAUCUUGAAUUUCAAGCAAAAGACCGACGAACCUUUCUAUGAUGCUUGGGAACGUUACAAGGAAUACCGAAGGGAGUGCCCUCACCAUGGGUUUGAGGAUGACUAUAUUCUGGAAAUGUUCUAUGAUGGAGUGAGCUAUGAAUUUCGCAAUGCUCUGGAUUCCUCGAGCAAUGGGGAUUUCAUGACACAAACAACACUAGGCGCAUUCGCACUGAUCAAAAAUAUGGCGUCCAGCUCCCUCAACAAGAACAAGGAACAUGAUCGCUCCAAAAGCGUAAACAGCACAGACGACCUUGCGGCUAAGGUUGACCAGCUAUUGAAAUGUAAUCAGAGCCAAGUGUUCAUCAUGGAGGAAUCUGCAUCAGAGAACAAUGUUUCAGACACUACAACUGAGGGAGACAACACCGUGGAUGACCAACAAGAAGUGAGCUACGUCAAUGGACAAGGAUGGCAGUACAAGAACUACCACCCGAACCCUAACUUUAGGAACAAUCCUCACCUCUUUUCAUAUUCCAAGGCUGACAAUCCGGUUGACAACGCUCAGAACAGUCAAGGGCAGAACAGCGGCUAUCAGAAACCAUAUCAGGGAAGAACAUAUGUCCUGAGCCAAGCGCAGCAUAACCAGUUCCAGAACCAGAAACAGCAAACUGCUCAACCGACCACUCCUUUGCCUACAACUGCUCUGCAAGAUGAAAUAAAGGGUCUAGCAACGAUGAUGCAGCAGCUGCUCCAGGGUCAACAGAUUCAAGGGAAAGCGAUGAAUCAAGUCACCACUGACAUCAACUCCAGGAUGAACCACAUGUUCAAUGACCUGAGUACCAAAUAUGAUAACGUAGCCAGCCAUAUGCGCCAGAUGGAUGUUCAGAUCGCACAGACAGCUGAGAGCGUCAAGAGCACUAAGGAGUGGAAGAAACCUACCGUGAGAGCGUCAAGAGGCAGCAAGGUACUCUACCUGGAAAGACCAACAAGAAUCCUAAGGAGUGGAAGAAACCUACCGGAUACAAUUUCCAAGAAGUUUUCAGCAGCGGAAAAGGGUAAGCAGAAAGAGGGUGAGCAACCAAGAUCUGAAGCAAUUCCUUUAUCUGACGAGGAACCAGAACAGUCUGCUGAGACUGAUCUGACACCUGUCGCUCCACCAGUUGAGCCUGUUCCUCCGCGCGAAUACACCCCCAAGGUUCCAUAUCCUGUUCCAGCAAAGACGUCACGCAAGGAUCGGGAGGAGACCAAGUGUAAAAAGAUGCUGGAAGAUCUAACUAUCAAAUUACCUCUUGUAGAUGCGAUACAAAUGAUCCCUUCUAUGCGCAGCUUAAUGAAAGGGUCGAUCUCUGGUAAGGUGACUGGAGACAGUGAGCUACUGAUGGUUCCAAGCAAGUUUGUUCUCUCCAUACAAAUCAGGAGAACUGUAUUCGCCUGUUCUCUAUCCGAUCUGGGUUCCAGCGUCAAUCUCGUGCCUUACUCUGUGGCAAAACGACUGGGCUUCACAAACUUCAAACCGACAAGACUCUCCCUUGUGUUCACCGACAGAUCAGUCAAGUCACCGGUGGGUAUUCUGGAAGAUCUUCAUGUCCGAGUGGGGAACACUUUUGUUCCUACAGAUUUUGUGGUUCUGGAAUUUGAAGAAGAACCGAGAGAUCCACUCAUCUUGGGAUGUCCCUUCUUGUGCACAGCUGGUGCGAUCAUUGAUGUUUGGCAAGGGAGGAUUGAUCUUCACCUAGGAGACAUUGCGAUGUAG